AUGCUGCUUUAUUUCACUUCUACGUUAUUCCAAAUAUCUGCGAAAGUCUUUUGUUCCCAGGAUGGAGCAGCGAAAAUUCCCGCAAUGGACUGGUCACCAAACGGGAAAAAACUGGCAGUUGCGAACGCCGAUCGGAUCGUGCUGUUAUUCGACGAAACUGGAAAGCGACGCGACAAAUUUGCAACAAAACCAAUUGAUCCCAAGGUGUGUUAGCU